CUGGGCGGAAUAAUACUCUGACGUAUCGCCACUUUUUGAUAUAUUACAGCAGAAUGUAUGUUGCAAGUUAGGUUUCUGGGGCGGAGAGUGCUUGCUGCAAAGUCUCCGAUAACCAUGGCUUCUCGGCUCCCCCUGCGUGUUUACUACGACCUCCUGUCCCAGCCCUCCAGAGCCGUACUCAUGUUCCUUAAAGUUACCGGGAUCCCACACGUUGAAAGGCCGGUGGCGCUCCGGAGAGGUGAGCACAAGAGUGAGGAAUUCACUAAACUGAACCCAAUGCAGAAAGUGCCAGUGAUCGUUGACAAUGGAUUUAUUCUCACUGAGAGUGUGGCCAUCCUGAAGUACCUGGCGACAAAGUACAACGUGCCCCAGUUCUGGUACCCUCAAGACGUGUUUCAGCGGGCAAAGGUGGAUGAGUACAUGGCGUGGCAGCACGCCAAUGUGAGGUUUCAUGCAGCGAAGGUCUUCAUUCUGGAGGUUUUGAUUCCCAAGGCAUCAGGCCAGGCAGUGGAUCAAGACAAGCUGAACAAGGCUGUGAGUGAAUUAAGUACAACUUUAGACUUAUUGGAAUCGAUGUUUCUGAAGAACCAGCGCUUCCUUUGUGGUGAACAGAUUACACUGGGAGAUAUUCUGGCCAUCUGUGAACUAAUGCAGAUGACUGUACCUCCACAGGCAAAGCCAUUCAAUCCUAAAGUUGCAGAUGACACAACUAUCAUUGGGCUCAUCUCUGAAAUUGAUGUAACCUGCUAUCAAAGAGAGCCACUUGGAGCUAAUCGAGAUAUACUUCAAGAUCGUCCAAAGUUGGUUGCCUGGCACGACAGAGUACGGUCAUUUAUAGGAAAGCCAUUUGAUGAGGUACAUUCCUACCUUUAUCAACUGAGAAAUAAAGCCAGACUUUAAAGCUGAACUACCUUGAAAUUCAGCAUAUUUCACUUGGACUCUUGGUAUUAAUUCAUUCUUUUAAACUACAUGCUUUGACACGAAAGUGUCUUUUUCUGUUGAUCAGUAUCAAAAAAGCCAAAUUAAAUUCAAUGUGAUUCAGUGUUGUAAAACAAUAAAACAUGAAAACUUCUAAGCAGAGUGUAUAUUUUUUAU